UUUAAACGAAACAUUCACAGACGGCGUUUUUCUCCGCGUUGAAAAUAUCAGUAACCUCUGAACCAUUAUUUCGUUGCUUUCACUUCCAAUAAUUUGCAACGAAAACUUUAUCAAGUAGGCAAAUGUUAAACGUUUAUUCAGUUUAUUAUAUUUUAUAUAUAAAUACCCUCGGUCUAUGUCAAAUAAAUCGGUUCUUUAAAUAUAGCGACUAAAUACAAAUAUUGUAUGUGUAUCAUAUAUAUAUAUAUACAUAUACCGCAACCGACACCGCAAGCAAGUUCAACACGACCAAUCGAUAUCUAUAAUAGUUUCUAGGACAACCGGUACAAUAAACAAAGGAAAAUACUUUGGCACUCAGUCGAAUUUCAGCACCAUACACUUUUAUCCAUUCAACAUUGACGUAACAACCAUUGACACAUCCAGAGGAACAAGUCAUUCUUUCAAAGUAUAAAAAAAAUAAGAGGAAAAAACCCGUUUAAUUUAUUUUUUCCGAGUUUUCAUCCGUUUUUCCCUUUUGUGUUCAAAAAUGCUUGUGUAUGACUGUGUACGUAUAUUAUAUCUGAAAAAAAAACCGACUUGUGUGCAAACACUCAAAAUGUAAAAUCUAAUAAAUUUUUGAACGUGCUCGAAAACAGCCAUACAACAAAAAAGUAUUCCAGUUUAACUGGGAGCUAAUUUAUAGCGAAAAUAAUUUCCUUCCCAACGUGUAUAUACAUCCAACGGUUUUAUUGGUACAUUGGCAUUUUCGCAUAUUACAUGUGUAAGGACUAAAAGGGCUCUUUUUAUUUCUAUUCGUGGAAGUUUAUGAAGGGAACACACAUUGGAAUAUAAAUCAUCGAAAUGGUUCAAUGGCAAAUGUACUGUCCGGAACAAAUAAUUGUUCCACAAAAAUUUCCAAAUAUAUUGAAAACAUAUGCGAAAGCUGUAAUUAGAACACAACCGUACGAUUUAUUGCGAUGGUCAGCCGCCUAUUUCAGAUGUCUGGCAUUAAAUUUACCACCUCCAGUUAAAGUACGAUUGGAGAAGGAAAGUCGAUUCGGUAAAUUGACCAAAGGAUACCUACGAGUUUUGGUGGAGCAGUUGGGAAAAGGAUUCUUCGUUCAGCGGGAUGUGCUUCAAAACUCGUGGACAACACUAUCGCUGCCGGAAGAAGAUCUACUCAAAUUUCUGUCAUUAUGUCGAAUGUUACAUUGGUCUCAGAUACAUUGGUUGGAACUAUUUGCUGUCAUGGUUGGAUCACUCAAUGACAAUUUCCAGUCAACAGUACAAAUGCUGUUUGAACUACUAACCGAUGAUCCAGAAGGUGGCCCUAGCCCGAUUCCGAGCUGGAUGUUCAACGUUUGUUAUUCCUUUAUAGCGAAAAUGGAUUGUUCCAGGCCACAAUCGUUUGUAAAUGGGAGAAAAGUGUUAGGAGAUAACAAACUUGAAGACGAGAACAUAGAGCCAGAUCCACCGAAAAUUUAUUCACUUGAUCUCUUCCGUUAUGCUCUGAUCGAAAGAUUUAUCCAAAAUGAGCAAUACAGACAGUUCGAGGAGAAUGAUACGUUUGACGCUGAGUCGCAAAAAAGUUUCUUUUCGAAUCAUACAAAUGUGACCACAUCGUUCAACUUUGUUGGACUCGAUGAACGAGAGAAUGUGGCUAAUCAAGCCAAAGAUUUCAAAAGUGUUUUGGUUUUUCUAGAUGAGGCACAAAGAGAAACGUGGACCAAGUUCAACGAUCGCGAAAAAAAGGAUAAAAUCAUUCAACAUUUACUGAUUGAAAAUAAGGUUAAGAAAGCUAUUGACACUCCGCGCAACAAAGAUAAUGCUUCCGAAGCAGCAAUGGAUGAAAGUGCACCUUCCACUGUACGUACGGGUCUCAGUGCCAGUAUGAAAUUCAUUGGCAACUUGAAAAACCCGUACGAAGGUACUAAUAAAAUACCGGACACCGAUUGCGUUUUGAUGGCUUUAAGCAAAGAACAAAAGAAUACUCUCCGCAAUGUAACCAAACGUCAAACCGGCGACGAAAGAAUCAAAGAAGAAUUAUUCCGGGAUUUGUCAACUGCCAGAGAUGCACAGAACGCUGACAAUGCCUCUGAAAGUGAGCAACAUGCGAACAGCGUCGAUUUAACCAAGGGCCUAGAGCUACCAUGGGCAUGGAUGUAUCAAUUCGCUGCAGUGCCUCAAAGUGAAAAAUCUUAUAAUUUUGUUGAAGAUGACUCCACUCCAACGGACCGAACUCCGAAUCUUUUAACGGAUGGAAGUUUUGAUUUUUGUGCUGGUCAUUUCAAAGACGAUGUUUCCGACUUCGAUGAACCGCCACUUCAAACUGGCAAAACGGACGAUACCGAUGAAAAAUUUGUUGUAGUUAUGGGUCUGAUUGAUGAUCUGAUGGAAGAAAUUGGUACUGCCAUCAGUAAAGGAAAUUGUGAUAUCAAAAAUGUAGAGAGCAUAUGCUCAGUUAUGUCUGGAAAUCGGUUCGAUGGUAAGAAGGAUCCGAUUAAAGUGAUUACUGAAGUGUUGCAACAAGCUGAUGAGAGUAAAACUCAGUUUGAAAAUGUGGACGAAUUGGGAAAGUACUUGAAGGAGAAAUGUUCAAUUGAUCCGUUGAGCAAGAGACUAAUGGAAUGCGAUAUACCGAUUGACGAAAACAUCGCAACUAAGGUCGUACCCGACGACAUGAUAUUGGGAUUAGUCGAGCCAAAUGCGGAAACAACUGAAUCCGCUGUGUUGGAAAAUCAAAACGGUGAUAGUCGACACUCUCCAGUGAGUAUUACAUCCGAAGAGCGUAGAGAAAACAUACGCAUGGUUGACGGCUUUAUAACAGACGCUAUCGACGAAAUACCAGAAUCGGAUAGAGAAAGCGACGAAAAAUGUUUACCAACAUUCAAUUGUGAUAUGCCAGCUCUACCGGGUAUUGGACAAGCAUGCUCACCAAAAACAAUGGAUGCUUUUCUCGUUUAUAUUCUAUCACAAGCUCGCGCUGAAAAGGGUAUGGUUUAUCCACGUUUUCUGAAAGAACCAAAUUGUCCGGCUAUGAUGAAUAGUUUAAAUUAGCAACGUAGACUUUCGCACAACCUAAAAUUUAUACCAAUCACUGUGUUUUUGUCGGUAAUCUAUAUUUCAUGUUGCCAUUUUCCAAUAAAUCAAAUUAUUAGCAGAGAAAAA